ACAUUACUCGAAACUGUACCCAUCAAGUUUUGGAGAACAGUGUUCAAGGGAAUGAAAUGGCAACAUUUAUUUGAAUCGUGUAUCUUGUAACGAGUGUGUGUCGAAAAUGGCGGAUAAAGAAGAUUCCGGGGAACCAACAAUAGCCCAAGACUUGGUAGUAACCAAGUAUAAAAUGGCAGGCGAGAUGGUUACUCGAGUAUUGAAUCAACUAAUAGAAAAAUGCAAACCUGGUGCAAGUGUUAUUUCUAUUUGUGAAGCUGGGGACCAAAUGUUGUUAGAAGAAACUGGUAAAGUGUUCAAAAAAGAAAAAGAAAUGAAGAAAGGAAUUGCAUUCCCUACAUGUGUAUCUGUAAACAAUUGUAUUUGUCAUUUUUCACCUUUAAAAAGUGAGGCAGACUAUAUUUUAAAGGAUGGUGAUAUGGUGAAAUUGGAUUUGGGCGCUCAUAUUGAUGGAUUUGUUGCUGUUGUUGCACAUACAGUAGUUGUUGGAGCAUCUAAGGAUAAUAAGGUCACUGGUAGAAAAGCUGAUGUUAUUCAUGCCGCUUACUAUGCUGCUGAAUCUGCUUUACGUCUUGUUAAGCCUGCAGGAGAUAAUAAUACUGUGACUGAAACAAUUCAGAAGAUGGCUGAGUCCUUCAAAUGCAAACCCGUUGAAGGAAUGCUCUCACAUCAACUGAAACAAUUUAGGAUAGAUGGAGAAAAAUCCAUUAUUCAAAAUCCUACAGAAGCUCAGAGGAAAGAGCAUGAAAAAUGUGAAUUUGAAGUUCAUGAAGUGUACGCUAUUGAUGUUCUUAUUAGUACUGGUGAAGGAAAGGGAAGAGAAAUGGAUACAAGGACUACAGUUUUCAAAAAAACUGAUGAAGUGUAUCAACUCAAAAUGAAGGCAUCUAGGGCUUUUUUCAGUGAAGUAGACAAAAAAUUUGGAAAUAUGCCCUUUACACUAAGGUCUUUUGAAGAUGAGAAAAAGGCUCGAAUGGGAGUUGUUGAAUGUGUUAAUCAUAAGCUGGUAGAACCCUUCACUGUAUUAUAUGAAAAAGAAGGAGAAUUCGUUGCACAAUUUAAGUUUACUGUAUUGCUCAUGCCAUCAGGGUCUCAUAAAAUUACAUCUGGCCCAAUAGAUUUAGAUAUAUAUGAAACAACACAUGAGAUUGAAGAUGACUCACUCAAAAGUCUUCUAAAUCGAUCCGUAGCACCUAAAUCUCAGAAAAAGAAGAAAAAGCGAGCAGAAAAGGCAAUUGCAAAUUCUAUUGAAAAGAAUGAAAAAGUUACAGAAAAACCUGCUGUUGUAGAAACUGUAAAAGUACAAGAAUGAAAUGGACAAAUAGGACAAACUGAGGGAUAAGGGAAAAGGAGCCCGAGCUUGUUCAAAGUUCCUGGACUGAAGGAUGGCACCAACAUUCAUAAACUUGUGCUAGUUCUUGUACAGAAGCAAUUUCUACUUGCAUAACUUUCAUAUCUAGUUAUGACAUAUUUCAAUUCAUGACUUGCCUGGAUGGUAUUUUUAUAUUGGUUUUAAAAUGUAUCAUAUGACUCAUGUGUAUCAUUAUGAUUAUCCAAAGAAAAAAAUACUUUUUAAAAAUUGAUUAUUUUUUUUUUUUUUUUUUUGUCUUUCUAAAAGAAGCUUAUUUUUGUUCAAAAGUAGUUUCUGUCUUUCUUCAUUUGUAAGGAAGAGCAAAUUCAUAAUUUUGUUGGUGCCAACUCUACUAGGAGCAAUGUUGUGUGUGUAAUAAAAUCCCUUUUUUCCAA